GGCGCUCUUCGUCCUCGACCAGUCUGGCGCGUUUUUGAAAGAGCAGCAUACAUCAGAACAGCAUGUAUUCGGAGUUUCUGGUGGAAGCGGUUUAAGAAAUAUCGGUUCCGAGCGUUGAGUCCGUGUCCCCGCGUCUGCCGCGGACCGUGUUCGGAGCCGCCUGGAGCCGCUCGCUGCUGGGCUACUCUCCGGCGACAACAGCUGUCCGCCUCACGAUGAGCUCUCCGCUGUUCUUCUCUCGCAAACACGUAGGAAGGAAUAAGAAACGGCAAGAAGAGUGAAGUAGCUCCGUCGGUCUCUUCAGCUAUGGCUGGUGUUGUGGCGAUGGCUUCUGUCAUUGAGGACUUUGACACUCAGCCUUGCAAGAAAUCUCGCAAAGAUGGAGGAAGUCCUGUUGUCAAGACAAUCACAAACUAUUUCUCCCCUGUGGUCAAGCCGAUGGAAAAACCCUUUUCUCCUCCUCGCUCUAGCAACAUUAUGGACUACUUUAGCCGGAAGGUGCCGUCCUCCAAGGAAAAGUCCAGCUCAGCAGAACAAUCUAAAGAAAACUGUCAGAGGUCUCACUCUGCAGAAAAGCACACCGGCCCAGAGGUGGGGAAACAGCCAUCUCAGAAACGGGGUAGAAAGCCGAGCAAAGCUGCAAGGAAACUUGUGGCGGCUGCAACUGUUAGUCCCACUGAGGAGGACGGCUGCGUGAUUGUAGAAGAACAACACGAAAGCAAAGACUCAGCGGCAGAAGCAGUCAGCAGCAUCCUUGGCAGCGACACAGCAGCUCUGCUGGCCGAGCUUAGUGCUGACGUCUGUGUCGCUGAAGGAAUAUCAAAGAGCGAUGAGUGGACUGAAAGUGUUGAGCAUCUUGAAGAUGAUCCCAAAUGUGGGAACAAAGUUGAACCUAAACCAUUACUGAACACCACUGAGUUAUCUCCUGUUGCAUCCUCAAGAGAUGAAGCAAAACCGGUCAAAACUGCUGCACGAAGUGGCAGGAAGAGGCAGCAGCAGCAACAGGAGGCAAAGCAUUCAGAGACGGAGGAGAAAGAAGCAGAGAGCUCCUUGUGUGAUGUUAGCAUGGAGGUCAAUCUGGAUGAGGACUCUCAGUUAAACAACAGCACCGUCAGAAUCUCCUUUGAGGAUUUUGUGCGGAGUCAGAGUCAGGAUGAGGCUGAAGAGGACAUAAAAGAUGAACAGGGCAAAGAAGAUCAAAGUAACAAGACAGCUAAGGCAGAGGAAAUGGACUCCGACCAACUGGACAUUCCUAAAGCCCAAGAAAAUACAGAUUCUGGGGAGCCAUCUGUCCAGGUCUCCCCUCGAACUGUCACCAUCCAGGCUGAAGUUCACGCAGUUUCACCCAAACAAGAAGCAGCCAAGGCAGUGGGAAAGUUAGCUUCUAUCUUUAGCCGAAGAAAAGGGGUCAGCAGUCCUGCAGAGGUUGUCUCGUCUCCUCCUCCAGAGCAUGGACCAAAACUUCCUUCUCUGACUGUCAAACGAAAAUCCAAUGUGGUUCUUCAAGAGGAGGAUCUUGAACUGGCGGUGCUUGAGAGCGAAUCCACUCCCAAGUGCAGCGAGGCAGAGAGGAAGCAGUUCAUGGCUGCCUUCAAACAGCCGAGCCUGGACGGGUCCAAAACCAAACCGGUCAAGAGCCAAGGCAAGCAGAAGCAACCCGAAGAGAAUGUUUUGGAUGCUGCAGACAAAGUUGCUGAAGAUGAUGUAGUUCCACUCUGUGUUGAGCAAGGCAACCAGGGAAAGAACGCAGCUAAAAAGAAACCAGCAAGACGAGGCAGAAACAAAGCUGAAGAGGAAAAGGAGGCAACGUCCAUCUCUGCUGUUGCUGCUGUGGAAGAACACGUGACGACAACUGUUGAGGUCGAGGACAAGACAGAGGAGGCUCCCGUCGCCUCGGCUCCCUCCGUUCCAGCAGUGAGGAGGUCCAGGCGACAGGCCACCGUCCAACCAGCUCCUGAAACCGUCACAACACCUCCGGUCAGAACAACCAGGAAGCAGAAAGAGCCAAAGGAUGCUGUAGAUGCUGCUUUGCCUCCGAACAGCCCUGCAAAGACGUCCACUCCAGAGACACGCAAGUCCAAGCGUGGUGUCUUUGUAGCAGAGAUGGUGUGUCCACCUGAUGCAAAUCAAAGUCCAAUCAGGAUUAAAUUUACUAGAGUCCAUAAAAAUGCUUCAUUGUCUAAGACCGAAGGAGGAAGUGGCAUAAACACUACGAAAACACCAAGGGAGUCUAAGAAAAGGAAGCAGGCGAAGAAGUUAGUGGAAAAGGCCAAAGUGCUCCAGCAGAGUAAGAAAAGCUCAGUGGAGGAGAAGAGCAGUUUAAGACGGUCGUCACGCAGCGAAGCGUCUGUCAGGAGGAGCUACUGUGAAGACGAGGUACAAUGGAAGAAACAUUGUCCUCUUUGGAGUCUGCCGUGGCCGGAGUCUUCAGUGCUGUGUCCUCUGAAAGAGUUUUGUGACCGAACAUCCAAACGGCCUCCAUCUGUUAGCGGUUCCUUUUGUGUGAAGACCGAAUCUGCCUGUAGGAGCUUCUGUCAAAGGGGUUCAGGCUGGAGACCGGAGAUCUCUGAAAGUAUCCGUCAGCUUCUAAUGGAGGAGCUCAGCACCUCUAACCCUCGCUUCCCUGCACAGAAGUUCAUCACUCGCUUCUUGAAGAGACGCACCGAGCAUCAGCAGCAGUUCACGGCUUCAGAACCAGAGGCUGUAACCACAGCUGCAAGCACCCCACGUCCAGCUGAACCGGCGGGAGGGAAGAGGAAGCGGAGGGAAGAUGAUUGUACAGAGAAGGCGGCUAAGAAGCAGCGAUCUAACCAAUCAGAAGAGAGCAUCUCCACGGCUGAACCAGAGCCGACAAGAAGGGGAAGCCGUAUGAGACGAGCUCAGAGGUCCAGGCUGGAGGAGGAGGUGAAGGAGAAGGCAAAGCCGUCACUCAAACCUGCUCCCAUCCCGGCUGAAGAGGGUUCUGUCCUCGUGCUGGAUGAUGAGCUUUUGGGCGAAGAUGCUGGAAAAAAAGAUGUGGUGAAGGAGGACGUGCUGUGGACGGACAAGUAUCAGCCGCAGCACUCCAGCGACAUCGUAGACAACACCGCCUCAGUGAGGAGGCUGCACAGUUGGCUGAAGGAAUGGAAACUCCGUGCAGACCGAGAAGAGAGAAAAAAGCAGAAAGACAAGAAACUUGAGGAAGGCAGCAAUGACUCGGACUGGGACUGUGGAGAAGACGACUCCCAGGAUUUAGAGGACAUGUUGUGUAAUACGAUGCUCAUCACAGGACCCACAGGAGUAGGAAAGACUGCUGCAGUCUAUGCUUGUGCUCAGGAGCUGGGCUUCAAGGUGUUUGAGGUGAAUGCUUCAUCUCAGCGAAGCGGCCGUCUUAUUCUGUCGCAGCUGAAAGAAGCCACUCAGUCCCACCAGGUGGACAGCCAGGGGGUCAACGCUCACAAGCCCACAUACUUCAGCAGCUAUGGCUGCAGCGCUGCAUCUGUCAGGCCUGGAUCUUCUCCAAGGAAGCUUAACUCUCCUCGCAGGGUGGUUUCCUCUCCCAGGAAACAUCCCCAGUCACCAAGAGGUGCUAAAAAAGGAAACCUGGCGCCAACCUCUUUAGCCAGCUUCUUUAAAACGCGUCCGCCCACAAACAAGGAGCCACCUAACACUACAAAAGAUGAAAAAAAUGCUGCUUCCAAGAAAGAUCUGAAAGCAAAGGAGGGUGGAAGUAAGCACAAAGACCUGAAAGCCACGUCCUCAUCAGCUGCCACCCCUAAAGAGAAGAGCAGCGAGGAACAGAGCAAGAAGACGGCAACAUCGCUCAUCCUGUUUGAAGAAGUGGAUGUUAUUUUCGACGAUGACUCGGGGUUUCUAGCUGCCAUCAAGACAUUCAUGAGCACAACCAAGAGGCCAGUCGUCCUCACCACCAGCGAUCCAGCGUUCAGCACCAUGUUUGAUGGAAGCUUUGAAGAGAUCCAUUUCCAAACACCCUCACUGGUGAAUGUUAGCAGCUACCUGCAGCUGUUGUGUCUGGCUGAGGACGUGAGGACGGACCCGUCGGACAUCAGCUCUCUGCUGAAACUCAACAGCUGUGACAUCAGGCAGAGUUUACUGCAGCUGCAGUUCUGGACUCGCAGCGCAGGAGGGCGCUGCAGUGCAAAGCCAUUAGUGAAGAUCGACAAAUGCGCUGAGCUAAAUCCAGAGCCGGAGGAGGCAGCAGAUGAGUCCAGUCUGCCUCUUUGUGACAGCGGCUGCACUGAGAACAAGCUGGGCCUGCUGAACACCAAACCACACGCAGACUUCUGGGAGCUGCUCAGGCAGAGUCCAGGACAGGAGGCGGUCGACUGGAAGCUGCUGACAGACAGCCGCCGCCGCGGGGUUGACCUGCUCUAUUCCAACAUGGAGAAACUCCUGCCUCUGCCCCUCACACAGCUGACUACCUCCACAUUUAAACCAGAGCAGUGCUUUCCUGUAUCACAAGACCCGUCCUUCAGCUGCCUGCAGCCGGACACAAUGCCGUCCAACACCAAGUCACUGCACAGCACAGGUGGUGCUGAUUCCUCAGAGGAUGGCAGUCCAGUCAAAGUGUCCAGCAGAAUGAGGAAGAACAAGACGCGACACCAUCUACCUGACCAGGAUGCACUGCACUCUGACUCAGAAGAUGAAUUUUUAUCUCUCUGCAGGCUGCAGGACGCUCCUCAGGCUAAAGAGGAAAUCAAAGGUGCUUCAGUUUUAGAAAGAAUAAGCAAGAAGCCACUGACUCCUGAAGAGCGGGUGAAGGGCGUCCCAGUCUCACAGUGUCUACAAUCCAUAGCUGACUUCUUUGACAACAUGUCCUACAUGGAUUCGUCCCUGCUGUUCCACCCACAUGGAGGUGACAUUCACAGAAGACCUGCUUGUGCCGUCGUGAAGGAUGGGAUGACAGAUGAGUUGGGGGUUGAGACCGAUGGAGGGAGCUGGAUGACAGGAGAUCACGUCUUGGAGAUCCAGGCGGCUGUGGAGGCUCUGAGCUUCCACAAGUGUCGGGCUUCAGUAGCAGAGUCCUGGGAUGGAGCCCGACACAUCGGAGGGGAGCUGGGAAGAGAGGCUGCAGCAGAACUAUCCCUCCCUGUGGCUGCCCAGCAGGACGGUUACAGCUUCACCCAGCAUAGCCCCUGUCAGCCACAGCUGGUCCAGCGGAGGAGAGAUGUGAUGGAGAGUCUGAUGGCGAAGGGAACAUUUGGCAACAAACCAGCAGCUGCUCUGGACUAUCUGCCGAUCAUACGCACCAUCUGCAGGUCAGAGCAGCUGAAGGAGCGAGGCAAAGUUAAACGAAGGUUCCUGCACUACCUGGAUGCCAUCCACUUGGGUCUUGAAAAAAGCACUCUACAGUUUCUCGCUGAAGCUUUCCCCUAAUCUGCAGAGAAGAAGUGUCCUAAAGGUCACACGGGCCUUGAAUCAACACUCUUGCGGUGAAUAAACUGUGGGGCUCUCAGAUGGAAGGAGGCACAUGGGAGUAGGUUGAGUCUGACAGAUGCCUUUUGUUUUGUGGCUGUCUGAGAUGCUAACUCAUCACAGGGGUGUGCACUAACGACUGUCCACGUAGUUAACCAGCAUGAAAAUGACUGAAUACACCAGAUGUAUUGUGAGCUUAAAGGCACACAACUAACAACCUCAGCUUCCUGACAACUCCUGGUGCUUUGAGAGACUGCGUCACGUCAGCUUUAAAUGACUUUUGUAAUCUUGAGCUGGAGUGUCGUUUUUUUGUACAGUAGUUUCGUAGCCUCGUUUAUCACGACUUUGCAUUUUGCAAGGUGUUUUUAUCUUGUAGAAAUUGCUUUUCAGGAGCAAGUGUGAAUGAUUAAUAAUUUGUAAGAGAUUAACAUGUAAAAUAGAAUUUGCAUCUGUGUUUGUAAAGGCUGUGCGUAAAUGAUCAGCUCAGGAUCCUGGUUCAGUUUAUAAAGGCAGGCAGCUUUGGACAAAGCUCUACUUCAUUUGUUAACCUCAAAUGCCACUUUCACAUUCAUCACAGUGAUUUUUUUUCAGCCUUACAUACUGUAUGUACAUGAUUGACAUUAUUCAUAGUGGUUUUUGUGUUGUGACCAAAUAAAGGUUUAUCACAGCUAAA